CAUUAUCCAACGCUGACAUUACGUACACAGCCAUUAUUUAUUCCCUUUAAAGUAUUUAUAUAUAAAUAGAUAGAUACUGGAAUCCAGCAGGAAGUAUGUAUGUUUGCGUAUGCAGCCUAUUCUAAGAUCACGCAGCACUUAGAAGCCCGUUUUUGUUGCGUCGGGAAUCGAUCAAAAUGGAUGAAGCAGCAAAGAAAAUAUUUGAGCAUCUGGAAUUGAAGCCAAUAGAGACAAGCAAUAAUGGAGAUGAAAGUUGUAACUGGGUGAUGAUGGAAGGUGAUUACAAUAACCCAGUUAUGAGCGAUUCAGCGUCUGUUGAAUCCUCCUUUGAAGAUUCAACAAUUUCUGUUUCUUCAUCCUCUUCGUUGUUAGAUUUAACAGAGGAUGCAUCAUCGUACAAUAUUGGUUCUUCACCACUGCCAUCUCCAAUGGGACCUCUCUAUCAAUUAUCUGACCUCAUGGUCCAACUCCCUAUAAAGAGAGGUUUAUCGAAGUAUUAUCAAGGGAAGUCUCAAUCAUUUACAUCUCUAGCAAGUGUAAAGAGCGUGGAGGAUCUUGCGAAGAAAGGGUACGGUUACAGGAUGAGAAUGAAGUCGUGCAAGAGCUAUGGAGGAGGAUUAGAUGGUCACAGGCCAUACAGUCCUAAAGCCACCAUUUCAAAGAAGACUUCUUCAAGGGGACCUUUUCUAUCUUCCCUUGCCAAGAAGACCACUGCUUAAUUCAUGCACAGCACCUCUUCGACAUAUAUACAACGUGCAUGUUGUUCUAUAUUCCAAGCGAGUUUUUUCUUUUUGAUAUAGCAUAACAAAGCACCCCGUAACCUAACCUAAAACUUGAGGCCUUUUUCUCUUUUUUAUUUUGUUGUUUCUAGUUUAUUGAUCGUAGCAUUUUCAGGAAAUUUCAUCCAAAAGUGAAGGAACCUUUUCUUUUUCUUUUAAUUUAGGAUUGAUUCUUUUUAAUAGUGGUGUUAAUUAUUAAUAAUACCUUCAUAGUUAGGAAGUAGUUUAUGACA